AUGUCUGAGUAUACCAAGGUCUUUUGGGUGCAGAUGCGACGCGUCAUCAAGGGGAAUUUCAAAGACAUCUCCGCCAACCGUAUGCCGGCAGCCAAGUUCAGAUGGGAGCUGUAUCGCGCCAUCGCAGGAUAUGUCUGGACUGGCUGGAUUUCGCCCAAGGCAGACCCUUUCAGAGACCGCCAUUGGCCGGAAGAUUGCCCGAAAAUCAGUAUUGGCAUUCUCAAGGAUAUUGUUCUCAGAGAUGCAAGCGUGUACGAGUUGGUCGAUAUUCUCUGGAAUGUGGCAAGAACGAGUGUCGGCACCUUCCCUCAAUCGACAGAGACAGAUCAGGGGAGUUCGGGCAAACGUCAAGUGAACCAUACUUUCUCGGGAAAACCUUGUGGCCGCCACCUAGCAACCAUCUUCAACAUGCUCGAGCAUGGUCCUGGCUCUGAGGAAGUCGUCGAGGCUGGAAAGAACUCAAAGAAGCCAUCGAGACUAUUGCGGAACGCGAGAAUACACGAACAGAUGCUAUUGACGCAACAGGAAGGACGGGAAGAAGAGGCGCGCGGCAAGGGCAGCAGUGAAAGCAGCGACGAGAGGAGGGUGGAAGCAACAACAAGGUCAACAAGGUCAACAAGGCUCAAUCCUCAGUUGGCUGAACCAGUCGACAUGAUGACGGAUGCCCCAAACUCUGCACGGAAGGCGGAAACCACGACCGGGAUGAAGAACAUGACCAAGGAGGAGAAAAGAGAGCACAAGGAGUUGCAGGCCGAGAUGAAGAACUUGGAGUGGAACAUGAACUGA